AUGAUCGACGUCGACGAGUUUCUCUACCCCGGUGGCGGCGCGUCGCUGCCCGCGCACCUCGCGGCACACUGCGCGCCGUCCGUCGCCUACGCCCUCGUGCGCUGGCAGGUCUUCGGCGCUGCGGGCUGGCGGCGCAGGCCGCCGGGGACGUCCGUGGACGCGUACCGCGAGCGGUCGUUCAGCGACGAUUUCGGGUGCUACCCGCGGCUCACGUGCGGCGACGACUACGCGCCGCCGGUCUGCGCCAAGGUGCUCGCGCGCGCGCGGUGCGUCGUCCGGCAGGGCACGCACUACGUCGUCGAGACGGCCAAAGACGGCUGCGAGACGCUCUACGCGCCCGAGGGCAGCGGCCGCGGCGUCGGCAAGCUCGGCGCGCCGCGCGGCGACGCCUUCGCGCGGUCCCAGCACGACGCCUGCGCCGCGCCCCUGCGCAUCAACCACUACGCCGUGCGGUCGCGCGAGGAGUACGUCGCCAAGUUCGAGCGGGGCCGCAUCUCGUCGGGCGCGCGCGACGCGCGGAACGGCCUCGCGCAAGUCGACGCCGCGACGGGCGCGACGUCGCGCGCCGUCGACGCGGCGGCCGUCGCCGCGUUCCUCGACGCGGACGUCGUCGAGUUCAAGACGUCCAAGGCGUCCAAGGUGUCGACGGCCCAGGACCUCAUGCUCGCGGAGUUCGUGCUCGACGAGGCCGCGGUGUCCAAGUACGGCGCGGGCCUCCGGGCGGCGCUGGGCCUGCCCGCGGAGCCCUUCGCCGCGGCGCCGUCCCUGCGCUGGGCCUGCGAAAGCAACGGCACGGACGCGGCGGCGGCCGAGGCCGCCGUGUGGCGACACGCCAAAGCCAUGGGCGCGUACGCGGGCGCGCGCGACGGCGCGCCCGCGGUCUUUGUGCACGUGCCCAAGACCGCGGGGACGACCCUGAAUUUGGUGCUCGCCAAGGCGGCGAAGAAGCAGAAGCGGUCCUUCUGCGAGGUGACCUUCAGGGACCUCGACGACGCCGCGCGGCGCGCCGCGCUCGCGCGGUCCUGCGGCGUCUUCUCCGCUGAGACGGACGUGCUCCCGUUCCUCGGCGUCCGGCGCGCCAAGGCCUUCACGUUCCUCCGGGACCCGCUGCGCCGCGUGGCCUCCCAGUACGAGCACCACCUCGCGGGCGGGCGCGUCGCGAGCGACGCGGCGAAGCGCGUCGACGUGCUCCGCCUCGCGUCGCCCGCGCUCUGCCCGCAGCUCGAGCGCGACGCGCGGUGCCGGUCCCUGCGGCACCCGGCCAAGUGCCAGGGCGGCGGCUGGUGCGGCAUCUUCCAGAACCACAUGACGCACGUCGUCGCGGGCGCGCAGCACCUGAGCGACGCCGCGCGCGGCGCCGCGCGGCGGUCGUCGGACAACCUGCGCUGCGCGGCCGCGCGCGCGCUCGACGCGCUGCCCGCGGUGGGGCUCACGGAGCGCCUCGACGACAGCCUCUGCGUCGUCUUCGCCGAGAUCGGCUUCGACGCCGUCGUCGCGGACUGCUGCGGCUCGCCCGCGCGCUGCGCGCUCUUUGGCCAGCGCGCGACGCGCCACUCGGCGGCGGACCGCGGCGCCGGUGCGAACGCGACGGCCUACCUCGCGGACUACCUCGACGACGACGUCGUCCUCGCGGCGCUCUACGAGGGCAACGCGCUCGACUGCGACCUCUACGACGCCGCGGCGCGCCUCCUCGGCGCGCGGCUCCGCGCCGCGGACUUCUACGUCGACCCGGCGCCCGUCCGCGGCUCCGCGACCUGCGCGCGCGCCCGGGCCGCGCUCGCCGCGUUCCAGCGCGCGAGGCACGGGGCCGCGAGCCUGAAGCUCACGCUGAAGAAGGACGUGCCCGCGCGCAAGGUCUGGGCGUCGCUGGGAAAAGCUCGGCGCGUCGACGCGGCGACGCACGUCCUCGAGGCGCGCGACGGCGCCGUCCUGGGGCUCGACGACCUCGUGCUCGCGUCGGCGCCCGGCGCGGGCGACGCGCUGCUCGUCUGCCGCCCCCGGCCGCCCGGCCCGCCGCCGCGGCCGCCGCCGCCGGCCGCGCCGCGCCGGGACCCGCGUCCGGCGCGCGCGGGGAGCGCGCUCGCGCGCGGCUUCCUCGGCGGCGCGCCGCGGCCGCGGCCGCCCCCGGAGCCCGCCGCCGCCGUGCCGCGCGCCGCGGACCUGCCGCCGCCCGCGGCGACCUCCGGCAUCUUCGACGCGGCGACGCUCGCGGACGUCGCGCGCCAGGAAGCCGCGCACCUCGCGCGGGAGCUCGACGGCGGCGCCGGCGACCGCGUCGCGCGGGAGCUGCUCGACUACCGCCUGGGCCGGCCCCUGAGCCAGGCGGCGCGGCAGCACGCGGCGCUCCUCGACGGCCAGGGCGUGGCGGUCCUGCCCGGCCCGCCGCCGCGGCUCGACCACAGGACCGCGCUGUCGUCGCUCCACGAGCUCAUGCGCGGCAUGCGGUGCCGCCUCGAGGAGCGCCAGGGCGACCUGAACCCGGGCCGCGACGCGGCCGUCGAGCUCGAGCUCUGCGGCCGCGUCUUCACGCUCGGCAUGAACUGCCUCCUGGCGACGCACGACUACAACGCCGCGGACCCGAAGGCGUACCUCGGCGACGGCGCGCGGCUGCUCCGGCCCCACGGCUCGGCGUCCGCCGUCGCCGCGGCGCUCGACGACGUGGGCUACGUCGUCGUCGACGGCGCCGUCGACGGCGCGGCCGUCAACGCGAUCAAGCGGGAUCUGGAGGCGCAGGUCGCGGCGCGCGAGUUCCGGCGGCCCGCGCAGCAGCGCGUCACGGGCACGCGCGGCGACUCCUUCUGCUGGGUCCACGACGCCGACGCCGCGGCCCACGGCCGCGCGGCCCUCGCGCGCGCGAUCCGCAACCUCAAGGGCGUCGCCGCGGCGCUCAACGCGGCCGGCGCGCGCGACUACCGCGUCGACGAGACGGCGAUGACGUCGCGCUACCCGGGGCCCGGCGAGCGCCUCGAGGCGACGCCCUACCGGGGCUACCGCCGGCACCAGGACAACCACCGCGACCGCGGCACGGGCGCGUGCUGCAACGCGCGCGCCGUGACGGCCAUCCUCUACGCGAACCCGGACUGGGACGGCGACCGCGACGGCGGCCUCCUGCGCAUCUUCCCCCGGUCGACGGCGCUCAACGAGGCGCCCGACGACAACGCGCGCGUCGUCGAGCUCGCGCCCGCGGGCGGCCGCCUCGUCAUCUUCGACAGCUUCCUCUGGCACGAGGUCCUCCCCGCCAAGGGCCGCGCGCGCUUCGCCGUGACGCUCUGGAUCACGCGGCCCGAGCUCCAGGACGCGGCCGCGACCUAA